CAGACUCAACCAAGUAAGAUUUCUCCAUAGUUCAGAGUUCAGGUUUCUGCAGAUCUUCUCUUGUGCUGCCGUGACGAUGCUCCGCCGGGGACUGACUUACCUGCUCCUGCACGUGUGUGCGGUGACGGCGACUGAGCUCACCUUUGAACUCCCAGACAACGAAAAGCAGUGUUUUUAUGAGGAACUAGAGAAAGACGUGAAGUUUGACAUAGAUUUUCAAGUAAUUUCAGGAGGCAACUAUGACGUGGACAGCUUUGUUACAGAUCCCCAGAACAAUGUCCUUUACAAUGAGAGGAAGAAGCAGUAUGACAGCUUCUCCCACACCACCACCAUGAAGGGAGUCUACAAGGUCUGCUUCAGCAACGAGUUCUCCACCUUUACGCACAAAACGGUGUAUCUGGACUUCAGAUAUGGAGAUGAGGAACCACUCCUUCAGAGCAUGACUGGAAGCACAGCACUGACUCAGUUGGAGUCGUCCUGCGUCGCCAUCCAUGAGAUCCUGAAGGUGGUGGCGGAUUCUCAAACAUGGUACAGGCUAAGAGAAGCACAGGACCGCACAAAGGCAGAGCACCUCCUCCAGCGGGUCACUUACUGGUCCUUUGGAGAGGCUGUUUUUUUGUUUGUUAUUGGCAUUGGUCAGGUCAUGCUGCUGAAGAGCUUCUUCAGCGAGAAGAAAGGCUCUGUAGCUGCCACCACUUAACCCAGCUGUUCCAUUCUGUCCUUAGACGGGUGGAAAGUUGAAUGUGCAUUCAGAUUUAAGCUCUUAUUUGGUUGUUUUCGAUUUUUCAACAAGGCUAUGUUAAAUAAAUAGUUAAGAAUUUAUUCUAUUCUUCAUCGCUUACAAGAAUGUAUUUUUAUUCUGGUUUUGUUUUCAGAUUGAACGGAAAAGAACCACCACAUGUACUGUCUUGAAAAAAAAUCAGCCUUUUUGUUGAUUUUGUUUCUUCUUUUUUUCUAAUUUAAGGUAAAUGAGAUUAUAUUGGGUGUCAUCAUUGUUUGUCACCUUAAUACGUGUAUUGUUACAUGUAACAUAUUUUGCUUUCAUGUGCAUUGCUCUUGAACUGCCCUGAACCAAGUGCCUUAAGAUGUACUUUUUUCACUUUUUCUAAAUUAGUAUUAUGAAUUUCUGUUGUUUUUAGUUCUUCACUGGAUUUGUUGAAGCUACUUUUGUUGAGGAAGUUUACACCAAGUUAUGUUUAAUGGGCUUUUAAUUAUGUCCUUAACAUUAAUGGUCAAACAUUUCAUUUGAAAACAUUUUAGAGAUUUAUGAGUUAGUAUUGAAUAAAUUUUUAUUAGACUUCAGUCUCUCUUACUGUCUUCAUCCAGAACCAACAUUGGGUCAUUAAAUCAGUAGCAACCAUGAACAGAUAAUAUUUAGAAAGUUUUAAUCUAUGUCAGGCCUUCACUUGUAUCACUCUCUCCCUCUCCCUCUCUCUCCCUCUUCCUCUCUCUCGCGCGCUUGCUCUCGCUCUAUUUGUACAUUCAAAUAGUAAAAACAAAAGCCUAAUAUUGUAAUUUAAAAAAAUGUAUACUUACAGUUUUUUGAACAUAUAUGUUGAAAACUGAAUAGACAUGUAAAAUGGGAAAUUUGGAUUUGAAAGAUGAACAUUUUUGAAAAAUCAAAGUGGAUAAUUUUUCUCUUUACCCGAUGGGUAAACUCCCCCAAUGACAAUUUGAUCUAUAAAAAUGUUCUCAGUGGUGUUUAAAUUAUGAUUAUGAAGUUUUUUUCACCAAAAAUUUCACAACCUCAAUGUCUUAAAAAGACAUAUUUCAUGUUACUCUGAAGCCUCUGUUUCUAAAAUCUCCUCUACGUGGGCGUGGCCGUUGGUGCUGACAUCAGUAGCCCCGCCCUUUAUGAUGACGAAAGCUGCGUUUUGCACGAGUGCUGAGCUUUACGCAAGGGGGCCACAAACGACACCGACUGACUGACGGUCUCUGUUCUCAAAAGUUUAUCUUUAGCGAUAAAGAAACAGCGCAAAUUUUGGUCCCGAAUCGACUCUUUUUGAACAGAGUGUGAAAGGACAAAACAAACGUGUGUACCCUGCUGUGUUAACCCUUGUGCUAUAUCUGGGGUCAAGAUGACCAUUGACGUGUUAAAUAAAGUAACACACGAAAAAGAA